GAUUAGAGAUUGAGAGUUUAGGAGACAUCAAGGGACAUUAGACAUUGAGAGACAUUAAGGGACAUUAGACAUUGAGAGACAUUAAGGGACAUUAGACAUUGAGAGACAUUACGGGACAUUAGACAUUGAGAGACAUUAAGGGACAUUAGACAUUGAGACUUUUCGCCCCCCCCCAUUUUCCCCGUCAUCAUGGAUCCGGACAUGAUCGAGGAAGCCGUCACUCCCGGUGUGGGUGUGGUCUGCGAGUUGUGCGGAAAUACCGAGUUCACCUGCAUCGGAGGAUUUUUCUUUUGUCAAGAGUGCCAAACACAAUCUCAGGACGCCAGAGAAUUUGUGGAACGCGACGAUUUCGACCAGCGGGUCAGCCAUCUCGGAAGAACUGCAAAGUUUCACGAGCGUGGUGGGAGAAAAUCGACCCAAGAGCGCGAACCGCUCGAGAAAGUAUCUGUCUUUGAAGCGUUCAACUGUUGUUUGGAAAUGGCGUCGAAUCGCUUGAUCGAGAUGGGAUUUCCUGCCACUGUGAAACAACAAAUUUUCACCCUUUGGACAAAGUAUCUUCGAAGGCGGAGAGCAGUAUUUGUUCAUCGAGAUACUGAACUGGGGUCGGUUCGGAAUGACCCGUGGAGAUCCUAUUGGGUACGCCCAGGAUACUUUAAGCGUCGCCGGAGGUUACAGAGACCCAAACCUACCGAAGCUCUAGUUUCAAUAUCUGUCCAAAAGCGACGGCACACACAAAUUAAGAAAAAAGCAAUGGAGGCGAGUUACUCUGCUCAACUUGCUGAACUGAUGGAAGAAGUUCCCGAGACAUGGGAACCACCACCAAAGAAAAAAUUCAAAGUCAAUCGGUACUCGAAUACUUCUUUGUUUCGACGUGCCUUAAAAUUGACAAAGCAAUCGAGACAGGUCUUGUUUGCUCUUCGUUGUAAAGGACUCUCCGCACGUCGGGAACGACGUUUACGCAAUAAAUUGUUGACGCCUGAAGUUUUUACGAUGAGGUCUUUCCUCGCCAUUAUUUUUAUUUCGUUGAGACAAGUCGGGUGCAAAGUGUGUAUGACGGACGUGAUCAGACUGUUUUGGACUGGAAAAAUUUAUUUCUCCGGUAUGAGAACUAUUCUUCAGAAAAAUAAUGUGAUGGAUGGGGAAAGACGCAUUAGUCCGGAAAUUGACCAGAUUUUGUCGAACGAAAUCCAUCACUUUUUAUCACCAGAGUAUAAUGACACGAUUAAGAAUAUGUUGCUAUAUUUGGGUCUCUCAAGUGACUUCAGAUAUCCAGAAUUUAAAGAAUUUCUACCCAAAUUCAUUGACGAUUUAGCACUUCCACGAGAAAUGGAAUGCUUAAUAUUACAAAUCGAAAAAGUCAUCCCGACCACAACCAAUGAGUUUUUAACGACUCGAACUUAUCUUCAAUUAUCAAAAAUACUUCCCGAAUUUCACAUCCUCGCUGUAAUCAUUAUCGUGCUAAGGCUUCUUUUUGGGCUCGACGAUGUCACGGAACGAUAUCAGUCAGACUUUGCUCAAAAAGUUAAUUCGACACUUGAGGAAAGUGGUAGUAAUAAUGAAUACUCAAAACUUUUUGUGAUCAAAGAUUGGUUUUUAUAUUUGCGUCAAAGAACAAAAAUUGUGGAUGGGGAGUUGCACAAUCCAUACUUUUCUCCUGGUACUAUGAAUCUCCCAUACGCCACUAUGAACCAUUUUAUUGAAAAUUACACGGGGUUUAAAAUGCUAACAAAUCCAAUACCAAACCGUGUCGCUGCAAGGCACAUUAUUUCAGAAAUGUUCCAAAACUAUGCAGCAACAAAUGAGGAAAUACUCCGCACGAUACCUCGCAACGAAUGUGUAUCCCUUCCCGAGGAAGAAACUCUUCAAGAGUACCAGAAAAACUACCCAGCCGUCUUAAAUCCGAUCCCCCUUGGGCCUCCGCCUCAGCUCAACCAAUCCUUCACCAAGACUCGGAUCGAUUUCAUACUCAACCCAAAUAAGUACGUCACCCUGUUGCAGUGCCACGGACACAAUGUCAACGUUCUUGAUGGGGAUGCACGAUGUAACGAUGUAACGUCUGACGACGACGAUGCCACAUUGACACUCUUCCAGCCAUUCAACCAAUUUGACGACCAUGUUCCGAAAUCAUUUGCUCAGCCCGACUCGCUAAAGUUUAUCCUUGAGCUGUCCUCUCGAAUGCUAAUCGGAUGUUAUAAGAAUAAAGGGACUUAUAGGACGUUGGAGUUUUACAUGGACCAUCUGCAACGCUUUUACACAAGACACUUAAUGCUCGGAGUUGCAAAAGUAUUUCCAUAUGAUAUGGACGAUAGUGAUGCCACGACUGACAGUGAUUCUGAUUAAUAAGUGACGUACAAAAGAAACAUUUUUAUUUAUUUAUUAUUCUUCUUGACACAGAAUUUUAUGAUAGUGUUAUGACAAGACUUUGUAUAAAUCAUACAAUUAAUAUUCAUAAUAAAAUUAAUCCAAUGGAGUAUAUCCGAAAAGAA